AUGGCAUCAGCACAACAACCACCUCCACAACAAAGUAAACCAUCUCCACAAAAUAGCUUUUUAAACAAUUUUCAACAAAUACCAAAUGGUUAUCAAACAUCAACAUUCACUACAACUACUCCAAUGGUGGGCACAUUGCAUCAAAUUAGCCGAACGCUAUAA